AUGGCUCUGUGGCCUUUUCGCAACAGAGGCGACAAGCGCUCUGCGGCAGAAACCGUUUCUGCUCGCAAUGCGGCAAAGUCGGCUCCCGUGAGGCCCAGCCAGGAUGCGCCGAGAUUUAGCUUCUCGCCUGAUCAUCAAGACGCAAUCCAUGUCGACCGACCCCAAGACUUGACGGGAGGAAAUGCGAAUGCGCCCAAUCCCAUCUGGCAGAACCGCGCACCAACCUUACACCACAAACGAAGCGGAAACCAACCUUCGAGGAGGAAGAGCAGCAAACGAAAGAGACAAGACCCCAACAGGGAAGCAGAGAUCAAGGCCAUGAGUGCCUUUACGCCGGCACGAGCAACUACCGAUACCUUUGCCACCACUCGCAGCGCAAAACAUGAUAAUAAACGGGCAAAGACUCUGCCGGCCAGGCCACCCGUCAGGGCGCCUUGGGAUAGCCCUACUUCUGACACCUCGCUACCUAUCCCCAUCUCGGUCGAUUCCCGCCUGUCCAUUGAUUCCAACUAUUCAUCAUAUCGAGUAUCCGCCCUGGAUUCUCUCGCACCCAGACCAACUUUGCGAUAUCAGGGAAGCGCUCGAUUGCUCCCGUCCCGUGCCUCCGGGCCUGCGCGAUCGGGUUCUCAGAAGAAGAGACUCGCCGCACUUGACGAAGAGACGCUCAGGGCACACAAGCGCAUUGAUGAUCUGGCCGACAAUUUUGAUGCUGGUGAAUUACGAGAGCUCAUGGAAAGGGAUGCUAGGAGACGAGAACGGAACAGGCAGCGUGAGCGAGACAGGACCGAGAAGAAACUGGCGCGAAAGGCCGAGAAGCAAAAGAGGAAAGAAGAAACCGCCAGGGAGAGGGGAACCCCUUCACCCGAGAAUCUUGAGCGAGGCGUCAUGGGCCGAGAAGUUGGCCUCGGCAUCGAUCCACCAUCAACCGUAGUGACAUCAUCCAAGCAGCGGGCUUCUCCAGAGCCAAUGUCUGACAUCGAGGAGUAUUCCACGAAGCCUUCCAAGGACCAGGCGGAACCCCUGGGGACAUUCCACAGGGUAGACACUGCGCCUCGCGAGGCUGAGCCCGCGCCGGCUCCCGAAAGAUUCCCGCCGCUUCCUCGCAAGUCAGACGAGCGUCUCCCAGCAGUGCUACCUGCCCUUAUCAAGCUGGAGGGUAACAUGCUACCCAAGACGUCUACUUCGGGAUCGACAUUUGAUUCUGACAAGGAAAAGACGUCUCUGGCAAUGGACGAUGAUGCCACCACACGAAAAGGAUCUGAGACCAGCAGCAAGACUAACCGCAUAUCGUUCUCUACCUUGCUUAGGUGGGGGAGAAGUCGCCGCAACUCUGGCGGUCCGUCUUCCUUCUCAAACACCUCGCGCGAAGAAAUGUCCAUGGCUGCACAGGCUGUAGCGGCGGCACAUGCCCAAGCGCAGGCCAGAAGCCUCGAAUCGCCUGUGUCAUCACUUUCCGGCAACUAUCUAUCAUCCAAGCCAGGUGUUGGUCCGCCUAAGCGAAUGAAAUCCCGCUUCCGAGAGGAUCUUCCAGAACUUCCGAUAUCACCACCUGGAUCCCGUCUUCAAUCACCUGAAGCAGACGCCUCUCACCCCAGCGAUUCUGCAUACAAAUCUACCGCCGGUUCGGAACCGAUAACUAUCCAUCACCCAAUUUUACGAGACGAUACUCCAACUUCUGGCCAUCGUUCAAUUGACAUCCCCCAAUCACGUGUGUCAAGAGACAAGAUGUACGGCAGCCACUCCGCUGAGCCCCAUCUUUCCAUGUCUCUAGCAUCUGUCGACUCAGAAGGGUCCUGGCUCUCAGGGAGAGUUGGUAGUCAGAGGAGCCAACGGAUGUCAUCCGUGCGCGAUAGGAUUCGAUCCCGACAACAAGACCGAGACGCCAGACCAGACUCUCCCUCGAACAGCACGCACGAAGAUCUCGAGAUUACCGAAGACGAUUACAUGUCACGCCUGAGCCCCGAUCCAACCGCUCUAACAUUCAACUCUCGUCUAUCAGGCGAGGGUCGCCCGAGCAGUGAUGGAGAAGAGCUGAGGGAUGAAGGCGAGGUCAGGUGGGGUGCCGUUGGCGCUCAGCCGCAGUUUGUCUCACACACGAAUAAUCGUGAUACUAUUCGCAGCCGCGAAGGUCUGCUUAACAUCGAUUCAGGAGACGAGGAAGACCUCGAUGCUCCCAUUUCUCCCAUUUCUCCAAUUACCCCGAGCAUUGAGGAGAAGGUUGAUCUGCAGCGGGCCACAAGCGUACGGAUGGACCCUGGCCAUGCUCGAAACUUUAGCGCUGGAAGCGCGAAGCUGUUAGAGAUACACCCUCGAGCAUCUGCGGAUGGCAAGAGGUUGAGCCAAGAGAGGACGAACGGUGUGUAA